AUGCCUUCCAUCCAGCACCCUGCCUCUCCGACCAUCGUCAAGACUGAAAUGCAGACCUCAAACUCCUUGGAUGACCUCUUGCCGCCUACCCCUUCGGCUCCUGCUCCAGAUCCGCUCCCUCCAUCGCCUCCGCCAGCCUCGAUGGUGGAUGUCUCGGCCGCCACCGCUUCUGUUUCGGACGCUCCCCCGUCGGCACCCUCCCCAACUGCCCAAGAGCCACUGCAUGAGCAACAGCAACAGCAGCAGCAGCAGCCGGCACUACCGCAACAGCAGCUACAGCAACAACCCGCCGCGGCGCUGUCACUGCCCUUCUUUGGCGCUGACUCCAUCAUGCGUGCUGCCGAGGCCGUUACGGCUUUUCAGUCCGGUGUCCCCAUCGAUCCUGCCAUCAUCGCCGCCGCCCGCAUCCAGCUUGCCAACCUUGCCGAGUCCAGCACCUUUGCUUCCCAAGUUGCCGCCGGUGGCUUCGUGGCCUCACAGCCCUUUUCGUCGCCGCUUCCGGCUGCUGGAUCGAUCAAAUCGCCUGCCUCGGAGUCGUCCGGUUCGACGCCUACUACCCCUCCCUCGUACCCAACCACUCCAAAUUCGUCGCGAAAGCACCGGGCACGCAUCGAUCCAGAAACCGGUUUGGUCAUCAAGCGCGAGCAAGUCAAGCACGCUUGUGGUGUGUAUCGGUGCGGCAGCAAUGUCACCGUCGUCCAGAUCAGCCGUAGGCAAUGGGCCGAUACCGUUGUAUCGACAAGCGCUGCCUUCCUGGCUCGAUCCGUGGACAGUGGCUCCUCCAAAGCUGUUAUCUGAGCUGACCUGUUCUUGCACAUCUCUGUUCCCAACACCGCGAUCGCCGGCCUCGCUCCAGUGCACUGCAAAAAAGCAUGCAAAAAGUGCGAUGACCAGCGACCGUGCUCGCGGUG